AUGGAAAAAAGUGUGACGUUCGAUUUGGAAGAGUAUAGUGAGUUUUUACCGUGUUGAUCUCGAGAAUUAUAAUAUUCUUGAUCUUUCAGAGACUCCCAAAAAAUCGCAGGAAUUGAAAAAAUCUACUAACAAAAAGGGAACGCCAAUAGUAACGAAAAAAACGAAAAUUAUUCGAAAACAUGUGGAAGAAACCUUGAAAAGGAUGAAAGAAGAAGAAGACCAAGAAGAUGUGGAAAAUCAGGAGCCGGAAAUCAAGAAAUCGAAGAUAAUCGCUUCACAAGAAACUGCAGCCCAACGAAAACUUCGUGAAACAAUUGGAAAACGCGUCGAAACUGCAGCCCAAGCCUCAAAAAAGAUGCUUGGAUUUCAUGUGAGCGCAGCAAAUGGUCUACAAAAUGCGAUUUAUAAUGCGAGAUCUGAAGGUUGUCGAAGUUUCGCGAUGUUUGUUAGAAAUCAAAGAACCUGGAAUCACAAACCGAUGGAUGAGAAAAUUGUGGAAAAUUGGAGGAAUGCGAUAAUUGAAACGAGUUUCGAUUUGGGAAUGAUUGUACCGCAUGGUUCGUAUUUGAUUAAUUGUGGAAGUCCGGAAGAAGAGAAGCUGGAAAAAUCGAGAAACGCUAUUUUAGAUGAAUGUCAGCGAGCGGAGAGGUUGGGACUGAAAUUGUAUAAUUUUCAUCCAGGAAGUUCAGUUGGCAAGUGUGAAAAAGCAAAAUGUAUUGAAAACAUCGCAAAAAGUAUUGAUUUUGUAGCCGGGAAAACUGAAAACAUAUGUUUAGUCUUGGAAACAAUGGCCGGACAGGGCAAUUCGAUUGGUGGAACCUUUGAAGAACUUCAGGAGAUCAUUGAAAAAGUCGAUGGCAAAUAUCGGAAUCGUGUUGGAGUUUGCAUUGACACGUGUCAUAUAUUUGCGGCGGGUUAUGAUAUUCGAAGUGAGGAAAAGUAUGAGGAAACUAUGAAGAGGUUUGGAGAAGUUAUUGGAUUUGAGAGAUUGAAAGCGAUUCAUGUCAAUGAUUCUUUGGGUGAGACAUAAUAUAAUAAUAUUAUAUACCGUAGUUCUUUCGUCGCGCCGAGACACACAAAAAUCGAUGCGCCUUUGAUUCACAACAAAAAAUGCGUUUUUGGUGAUUAUUCCUGAUCAAAACGAGGAAUUCAAAAGUGAAUUAGAACUGAUUUUCGGAAAUUUUAAUUCAAUUUCAAUUUCAAAGAAUGAGCUAAGGACUAAACUGAAUAGGUUUAGAUUGAUGAUAAAGACUGAAAUAAAAAUGAAAUUGAUAAGAACUUAGGCUAACUCGGCACUUUCGAAAAUGAACAUACAUAAAAUGGGUCCCCAGAAACGGGGUGAGGGGCUAACUUGGUCAAUUUUCUGCUGAUAAUUUUCCGAAAUUUGCUCGAAAAUCCGGAAAAAAAAACAAAAAACCGUAGUUUUUGAAAGGCGCAACAGCUGAAACACACACACAGGGUCUCGUCGCGACGAAAUAACUACGGUAUUUAACUUUAAAAAAAAAUAUUUUUCGUUUAUAAUAUAAUGUCGUUUAUAAUUCGUUUAUAAUAAUAAAGAUUAUAUUUUGAAAUUUCAGGAGAUCUCGGAUCAAAUUUGGAUCGUCACGCUCAUAUUGGCGAGGGGAAAAUUGGCAAAAAGGCUUUCGAAUUUCUGAUGAGGGAUGAGAGAUUGAAUGGGAUUCCGAUGAUUUUGGAGACACCCGAGGGAAAAUAUGCGGAUGAAAUGUGUUUGAUGUAUAGUAUGGAAUGA